UGGAUGAAAGCUCCUCCUAGAAGGAGGGAGGUUGAGGAUGAGGAUGAAAGGGAAAAGGACUUCCCCAAAAAAGAGGAGGACUCAGGCUGGGAAGGCACAUCCACUAGAAUCCACGCCCUCCCCGGACAGUCCAGUUGCAUCUAGAACUAGGAGGCAAACAGUGUUACAGGCCCCUCUGCGAGAGGCAGUGGGACCAGAAGGAGGGAGGUUAAUGAUUAAAGUGCCAUUUACCACUCUUGAUUUAGAGGCAUGGGAAAGGAUUGCUAGGAAUUAUUGUGUUGAUCCAAUACUUACUGCCAAACAUCUGCGAUAUGUUAUCAAGCAACACAACCCAGAUUGGGCUGACAUCCAGUUGCUACUGGAUGCUUUCACUGAAACUGAAAAACAGCUGAUCUUAAAAACAGCAGGGACUUUGGCAGAGGACUACUGCAAGAGGAAGCAGUUAGAUGUAAAAGAGUAUUUCCCCCUCCAAGACCCAGAAUGGGAUCCUAAUGUAUCAGCAGAGGUAAAAAAAUUAACAUAUUAUCAGGAGUGGAUAGCAACAGGGGUAGAAAGGGCUAUUCCAAAAACCAUAAAUUGGUCUGCUUUAUAUUCCCUUAAGCAGGGACCCUCCGAGACUCCAUCAGAAGUUUUAGAGCGCUUAAGGGAUGCUACGCGUCAUCAUACAUCAUUAGAUCCAGGGUCUGAAAUAGGGAUGAACCAACUAGUUAAUUCAUUUUUGGGGCAGUCUGUUGGAGAUAUUAGACGUAAACUUCAGAAAAUCCAGGGACCGGAAGGGAGAAAUCUCGAAGUCUUGCUAGAGGAAGCCUGGAGGGUAUUUAGUAACCGGGAGGAAGGAUAUAGACAAGGAAUGAAAAAGUUGGUGGCAGUGGUACAAGAAGAAAAGCAAAGGAAACGUAACCAGGGACCACCCAGACAAGGACCUCCUUGGCUGGGCAGAAACCAGUGUGCAAUCUGUUAAAGAACUGGGCACUGGAAAAAUCAAUGCCCAGAACGGAGACGAAGAGACCAACAAGUAGCUGCACACAUACAAAACAGCUGAGGAGCACCGGGGGAUUCUGCCCCAGCGGAUCCACUGGUUAUAACAAUGAGGCGGGGGGAAGAAGGGAAAAGGGUGGAGUUUUUGGUUGAUACAGGGGCCACAUAUUCAGUUUUAAAUAGAGCUCUAGUACCUGUGGAAAAUGAUUAUGUUGUAGUGCAGGGGGCAACUGGCCAGUCUGAAAGGGCAUAUUUUUGCAAACCUUUGAGGUAUAAAUUGGGAAAACAAUGGGGUAUUCAUAAAUUUUUGUACAUGCCUAAUUCACCAAAGGCACUUUUAGGCAGAGGUUUAUUGGAGCAGUUACAAGCAACCAUUACCUUCAAAAAUGAAGAGGUUACUCUGGAGGUAAAUGAUCAAAAGUACAUAGAGGUAUUAAGUUUAACCUUAACAGCUAUUGAAAUUGAGGAGGAAAUUGAUGAAGAGAUAUUAAGUCAGGUAUUUCCCGGAGUAUGGGCCUCCGAUGUACCAGGGAGGGCAAAAAAAUGCCUCGCCCAUAGUAAUUAAGCUCAAGGAAGGGAUAAAACUAGUGAGAAUCAAGCAGCACCCCCUAAAGAAAGAAGACAGGGAAGGAAUCAGCCCAGUAAUUGAAAGUUUUCUGUGAUUAGGGUUACUGAAAGAAUGCCAAUCUGAUUUCAAUACUCCCAUUUCACCUGUUCGAAAAUCUGAUGGGUCAUA